AAACAUUUAAUGGUUCAUGCCCAAGAACAAUUAGCAAGACUAUGGAAUAUACAAAAUGAUCAAAUGCCAAUAUAUCUAGAAAGAGAGUUAAAUUUAAUUAAGGUGGAUAAAAUAGUAGAACGAUAUCUAGACAAUUUAAAUUUCGCCGGAACAUAUAUAGAUGUGAGAAAUAAUUUAUUAAUAAUUUAUACAGUAAACAUUGCUAAGAAGAAAGAUAUAAUUUCUAAACCUGAUGUGAGAGAGCAUGUUAGGUUUUUAGACUUUAGAAAUGCAAGCAAAUCCUUGGAUAAUUUAAAAUCCUCGUUUGGAGAAUUAGUUAUAGCAGCUAAGCAGAUUAGACCAAAAGGUAUAGAAGGUUUUAUUAAUCCAAGAAUUAAUAAUAUUGCUGUAAUAAUUACAAGGAGGCCAUUUGAUCGAGAUAAUAGGGCUUUUAUAGAAAUUGCCGUGCGAAAUGGUGCGGUUGUAUAUUUUGGCGAUUACAAUCCUCCAAGACAUACAAAAAGGG